UAUUGCAAAUAACGGACUCGGUUAUUAUUGAAAGAUUAACUAGAGUGAGGUAGAAGUAGGAUAAUGAUAAGUAUACGUUUAGACAUUAAAAAAAAUAUUGAAAAUUGAUAAUUCGCUACAUACAAAAGCUUUAACUAAGUGGAUUCGGAUUUAUAAGACUAUUUUCAAUAAUAAACUCUUUCGAGUCCUCUACUUGUGUCGCCGUGUUGUCUUUCUACGCGGUGGGUAGUCACCUGUAGCAAUGUCUUUCUCACGUCGAUCGAUAUUUGAUUCCUUUGACGUUUUUAUGCAUUCUCUGAGGUUUUCUUGAACCAUUGACGGUAGAUGUCGCGUUUCAAUCUGUUGGUUUUGUUCAACAAAAUUAGCGCUUGUGUGUGUGUGUCAUUGGAAGGGAGAGACUGCUCAUAAACAAUUUAUAGAAAUAAGACCUUAUUCUCGAGGGGUGGAGUUUCUUCCCACUGCGGUAGAAACUCUAGCAAGGACAAGAAGGGUGUUUACUCUCUUCAGACGACUAGGGCGAAUCGACCGCUAGUGAACUUUUCUAUAGAAGUGAGUCAAAGCUACAGUCGUAGAAGUAUGAGAGCGAACAGGUAAAACGUCGAACGCGUAUUGAAACAAACCAAGAGACUUAGGAUGGGGAAGAAACAGAGUACGCUUAAAAGUGACGUAGUCGCCAAGCUUGUGAAAGAAACGUAUUUUUCAGAGAAAGAAAUUCGACAAUGGUAUAAAGGGUUUUUGAAGGACUGCCCAGAUGGUUUAUUAACUGAACAGGGCUUCCUCCGAAUAUAUAAGCAGUUCUUCCCUCAAGGAGAUCCUUCCAGAUUUGCCUCUUUAGUUUUUCGAGUCUUUGACGAAAACAAGGAUGGUUCAAUAGAAUUUGAAGAAUUCAUCAGAGCGCUGUCAGUGACAUCUCGUGGUAAUCUGGAAGAGAAGUUGGUCU